ACGCUCCCUGACGCGACCUCACGAAUUGCUCUUUUUAUCACCAAAAACUUUUGUUAUUAGAAAUUCGACUCCAUUCGGUUUUCUUAUGUUAUAAACAUUUAAUCCUAAUUAAAAAGUAAUAAAAAGCUUAAAUAUAAAAUUUCGUUUAGUGUAGAAUACCAUUCUGACCGUAUAAAAGAUGCUCUGUUUUUCCUUCACUGCGAAAUCUUACUCGGGCCGGUUCCCAUGUGUUUAACUUUAAAAGAGUCAGACAGGAGAAAUUACGGAAUCCGCCAUGUGUUGCCGACGCUGAGUUUCGCGAGUUUGCGGAAGGUUAUGGGUCGGUCGGCUCGUCGGAUUUAGAUUUUAGAUGUUUCUACAGCUAAAAAGUCUAAAACGAAUGUAUUGCUGAGAAACGAGAUUGGAGAGUUUGCCAAAGUGAGGUUCAGGAUUUUAAAGCUUGUAUGGCAGAAUAUAACCUCAAGAAAACUUCCAAAAUAGAUUCCUAGAAGAUGUACCAGUAUAAUUUAAGUGUCCAGGAUGUAUUAGUCGGAUUUACGGUUGGGCUGUUAACAGGAAUUUUUGUACCAAAAUUAUUCAACUCCAAGAAUAUAAAGACACUUGCGACUACAGCAUCAUCAUGGAAACAGUACAGAGAUGUCAAAAUGGUGAUUGUUGUGAGGUCGGAUUUGCUCAUGGGUAAGGGGAAAAUUGCUGCACAAUGUUCACAUGCGACAUUAAGCGCUUAUAAAGAAGCACUCAAGUUGAACCCAGAUAUGGUGAAAGCAUGGGAAAAGUCUGGGCAGACGAAAAUCGUCCUCAAAUUACCCAAUGAAGGAGAGGAAAGCACCGAAAAUGCCCUUUAUAAACUUAAAACCAAUGCGAACAAUUUAGGAGUCGUCGCUUCAGUAAUCCACGAUGCUGGGCGUACUCAAAUUGCUAGUGGUACAGCAACUGCUGUUGCUGUAGGUCCAGCUCAAUCCAAAACCGUCGAUCUUGUAACUGGACAUCUUAAGCUAUUGUAGUUAUUAUACAUUAAUAAAAUAACAAAAUUGAUUAUUUGUCAA